AUGCGCCGCCUCUGCCGGGCUGCCGGGGCGGCGGCAGGUUGCGGAGGCUCCGGAGCGCCUCCCCCCGGUCCGCCCCCCCCCCCGGCCCCGGCCCGCCCCGGCCGGCCUUGGACCCUGCCCGCCGGCCCCGCCGCCCGCCCGGAAUGCUGCGUGUGUCCUGUGGAGCUGGGCAUGUCCCAUGGAGCCAUGCAUGUCCCAAGGAGCCAUGCAUGUCCCAUGGAGCCAUCCAUGUCCCAUGGACCUAUGGAUGUCCCAUGGAGCCAUACAUGUCCCUUGGAGCUGUGGCUGUCCCAUGGAGCUGUGGAUGUCCCAUGGAGCCAUCUGUGUUCCAUGGACCUAUGGAUGUCCCAUGGAGCCAUACGUGUCCCUUGGAGCUGUAGGUGUCUCAUGAAGCCAUCCUUCCCCCGUGAACCUAUGGAUGCUCCACAGAGCCAUCCACAUCCCGUGCGCGUCCCACGAGGCAGGUCCCACAUUCAUGUCCCCUCCGUGGGGCAGCGCUCACGGCAGCAGCCCCCCACCACCCCACCCCGACUCCCAUUUUCGGCUCCCCCACCGAAGCCUCGCAGGACCCCACAUCGGUGACCGCCUUUCCUGGCCCAUCCCUGGAGCCGGACGGGCUUCCAGGCUGUUGUUUACGGCUCAGCCGAACCCGUGGCAAUAGGGAUGUUUUGCCGUGCGGUUAAACCGGCUCCGGUUGCCGGCCGUGGGCGGAGGGGCCCUGCCCGCCCUGCGAUUAAACCCCCGCAGUUGCGACACGGUUGGGGACAUGGGGGACACCGGGGGCACACCCAGACCCGUACCGCGGACGUCCAGUAGCCGUAGGAGCUGGGGAGCCACGGCACCGAGUCACCAUCCCCGGCGUGGCCCCUGCCAAAACCAGGUCAACGCCGGGGCCCGGGCGGUGGCUAAUCCUCCCGGCAAAUCCCCGCUGCCGGCACAUGUGCGGGGCACACGUGGCCGAAGCGGGAUGAGGACGGUGGCAUCGGCGGGACUGCCUGACACCCGCCAGGAUGGGCACGGCCGAGGGGUGUCGGGUUGGGGGGGGGCAGUUGGAUUUUGAGGUGCUCGGGUGUGUCGGCGUGUGCCCACGCGUGUGCCGUGGCGGUGGGGUGCGUGGAUUGGGGGUGCCGGUGUGUGCGGGGCUGCACGUGUCCCCGUGGUACCCCCGUGUGUCCCUGCAUCCACAGGGAAGCGGGGCCGUGGGGGGCUGUGUCCCUAUGCCUGCCAUUGUCCCACUCCUGGUGCCGGUCCCAGUCUCGGUGCUGGUGCCUGUCCCUGUCCUGCUGCUGGUGAUGGUCCCGCUGCCCAUCCUCAUCCCUGUCCCUCUCCCGGUCCCUGUCCUCAUCCCGGUCCCCAUUGCCAUCCCUGGACUGGUGCCGGUCCUUGCCUGUGUCCCUGUCCCGGUGCCCAUCCUGCUCCUGGCCCUUGUCCCUGUCUCGGCCCUGGUCCCCGCUCCCUGCCCCUAUCGCCAUCCCGGUCCCUGUCCGGGUCCCGGUCCCCGU